AUGGAGGACCUUAUCGAGAGCGGCGUCGUCGAAGAUGGAACCAAUCAAGGCCGGUACGCCGUCAUUGAUGCGACUUUGGAAAUUCCCGGACGAGCACUAUCCGUCACGCAAACACCAGUCUACGGCCGACAUGAUCAUCUGACAUCCGACGAAGUAAUCGCUCGCAUCGAGCGCUUGAUUGAGACAGUGGUUUUGGCACUAGAGAGAGGUAGAAUGCCCAUCCUCGAGACGUUGUGGAUCCCUUUGGAAAAUGGGAGCGGCGGCGAAGACGCGGUUUUGGGUGCGCAGCAAGGCGACAUUUUACGCAAGACCUUUCACUUGCAUCAGUGUCGAUCGUUUACUAGUAUUUUACUUGUUCUAGACUUCUGUCACUCUCUGCUACGUGCUCGGCGUACAACAACAACCCGUGAAGUUUACUACUACCACGUGACGCACUACCGCUCCCAAAAAGAAUGCGAUUCCGCCAUUCAGGAUACCGCAAUAUUACUUCAGGUUCCACGCAGCAGUCUUGGUUUAAAAGCCUCACCAAAAGGAUGGUUUUGUGGAGAUGUCCAGCUGGUGUCGAACGGUCAGGUUGUCUUGGACGGACGGCAUUUGCAAUCUAUUCACGGUGCCCCCAUUAGUGGCGAAUGGCUCGCCCCUACUCGCGACUUUACAAUUCAUUCGUGCGCCGCCACAUGUAUCCUGGUCAUUGAAAAGGAAGGCGUGUACAAUCGUUUGGUGGAGGAUCGUUUUUUCGAUCGAUUUCCUUGCAUCUUGGUCACGGGCAAGGGUUUUCCAGAUUUGUCAACCAGGGCCCUCGUCCACGUGCUGCACCACACAUUGGGGCUUCUACCCGUCCGUGGACUCUGUGAUUGCAAUCCAUACGGUGUCAUGGUCUUGCAUACGUAUCAACAUACCGCGCGGAAAGGUGUGGAUGGUGGACACCGUUUUGGGGUUCCAAUAUCGUGGAUUGGUUUGCGACCAUCGCAAGUUCAACAGCUUCAGCGGCAGCCCAACACCAAACAUGGUCAGUCCAAACUGCCGGAUCAAGUUUUUCAAAGCCUGACAGCUCUCGAUAAGCGACGCUUAGAACAUCACUUGUUGAGUGAGCAACAUGGCUGGACAACAUUCGGACCAGAUGAGCGACGGGUGGAAGAGUUGGAGGAAAUGCUGAAGAACGGCUACAAGAUGGAAUUGGAAGCUUUGAACUGGUUGGGAAUGGACUUUAUCACAAAGUGGCUUGGUGAUAUCUUUCAUUAUCAAGACAGAGCGGGACACGGGCAUGAAGGGAACAGUUGUUGGAUGGAUAUUAUUUGA